GGCGGCCGCACACGGCGCGGAGGAGGCGAUGCGGGCCGCCUGGCUGCUGCUGCCGGCGCUGGCCGCCCUGUCCGCCUACUAUGUGUACCUGCCGCUGCCCGGCGCCGUGUCCGACCCCUGGAAGCUGAUGCUGCUGGAUGCCACCUUCCGGGCGGUGCAGCAGACGUGUCACCUGAUUCACUACCUGAGACUCAGCCAUCACCUGAUAGUUCUGAAUUAUUUGAUUUGCACCUUUGACAAGCUGAAGUCUGUCUCCUCUGAAGACGUUAAAAUCACGGAUGCAGUUUUUGAUGGCGUGGAAGUGAGAGUGUUUGAACCUCCUGCCAAGGGAGAUGAAAGCCUCAAGCGCAGCGUUGUUUACAUCCACGGAGGGGGCUGGGCCUUGGCAAGUGCAAGAACAAGCCUUUACAACAAUCUCUGCAGAAUCAUGGCUGAAUCUCUGAACGCUGUUGUUGUCUCUGUUGAAUACAGGCUGGUGCCCGAGGUGUGCUUCCCUGAGCAGUACCACGAUGCUCUUCGUGCAACAAAGCAUUUCCUGCAGCCUGAUGUCCUGGCUGAGUACUCCGUGGACCCCAGUCGAAUUGCAAUCUCUGGGGACAGUGCAGGAGGGAAUUUGGCAGCUGCUGUGUGCCAGCAGCUUAGCAAAGAUGAGGAUUUGCCUGUCAGACCGAAACUGCAGGCCUUGAUUUACCCAGUCCUCCAGGCCUUUGACUUCAACACCCCCUCCUACCAGCAGAACAUGAACAUGCCCGUGCUCCCUCGCUACGUCAUGAUCAACUACUGGAUCGAUUACAUCAACGGCAACUACGACCUGGCUCACGAGCUGCUCGUCAACAACCACACCGCGCUCAACGUGGGCCGGGCCCUGUCCUUCCGCGCGCGCCUCAACUGGACCUCCCUGCUGCCCCCCUCCUUCAAGAAGAACUACGAGCCCGUGGUGCAGAGCACGGGCAGCGAGGCCAUCGUGGAGCGGCUGCCGGCGCUGCUGGACGUGCGGGCGGUGCCGCUGCUGGCGGACGACGCCACGCUGGCGCGGCAGCCGCGCACCUACGUGCUGACCUGCGAGAACGACGUGCUGCGCGACGACGGCGCCAUGUACGCCGCGCGCCUGGAGCGCGCCGGGGUGCCCGUCACCCUCGACCACUUCCACGACUGCUUCCACGGCUGCAUGAUCUUCACCGUGUGGCCCACGGAUUUCUCGGCCGGCGUGAAGACCAGGAACAGCUACAUCAAGUGGCUGGAUGAGAACCUGUGAACGGUGGGCUGCGGCGGCUGUUCUGGAGGAAGAGCAAACAAUCAAAAAGUGCACUUUUUCUGAAUUCUGACUUCACUGUUCGGCUGCAGACCACUAACUGCAGCAUUUUCUAGCUCCAUUGGCCUUGCCCAGUAAAGAAUUUUGAGAAGUAAUUUUUUUCCAAACCAAUCUUUUUCCACUUUCUCCCAGAUGACUACUGCCAAACGUAAACAUGUGUUGAGCAGGGAGAUCAGGAUUCCUGCAGGAUUCUUGCCUGGCUGCAACUUUCAAGCUUUGACUCAUAAUUAGGUACAAAGGCCCUGGCUUUGAAGUGCUGUGAGAUAAAUCCUAAGAUCUACAUCUACUUCUGAAUAUGUAAAAAACGUGAGCUAGUUUACAGCAGUGUUAAGCAUCUGAUGUCACAGUGAGAGCCCUGGGCAGCAGGGCCAUGAAUUUCAAAGACAAGCACGGAUUUAGGUGUUGGCUUUUUGCCAUUGACAAACAGCUCAUUUAAAUUUUUAAAAAUAUGUUUUGAAAAAGCUCUUCUAGGCAGUUAAAACGAUGCUAGAUGAGUCUCUUAGCCAAACCUGUAAUUCAGCUUUGGAAUUUGGUUUUUGCUACCUUUUAAUAAAUAUAUUUUUAAAAGGUACAGGACUAAAUAUAUUUUCAAUAAAAAGUAUGAUAGCAUACACACAAAUAGAUAAGAUAAAAUAUGACAUGUAGCAGUAGAAUCCAGGUUUCCUGUGUGAGUGACCUUCAAAGCUGACUACUUAUUUGGCUAAAGAAUGUGACUUCACCUGUGUUUAAUGCCUCAGUUGUAUGAUCUACUUACAGAAAAUACUGACCUUACUACAAAUAGUCUGCUGUGUGGUUUGCACUAAUGUUUGUAAUUAAUAGUAGAAGUUUUUAUUCAUUGACUUUUCUUUUGUGUUUAUAGUUUUUAUUGUAUUUCCUGCUUCGUGAAAGGAGGAAGGCAAGCAAAUACAAGUGGGCUCCAGUCUAUACAGAAGAUUUAAUUCUGAGCUUUGCAGCUGAGCUUUGUCUGUCUUGUAGACUGCUCUAGGUAAGAUGAUCUCACUACUGGGCAGCAAAUCUCUGCAGUUUGAGCCAGUCUGUAAAGUUCAAACAGGCAGGACAGGGGAGAGAAACUACUUUGUGACUGUCUAUUGUCCAGGCUGCUCACAGCUUGUGGAAAUGAAGGUGGUGUCAAAAGCCCAUAGGAACAGAGGAGAUAGUGGGAGAUUUAAAUUCAUCCUCAGCUUUACCACAGACUUCCUGUGGGUCCCCAGGAGAACAAGGUCAUCUCCUUACACCCCACUUCUGCAAGGGAGGCAGUAAUUUCCUACCUCACAACAGAGCUGUGAAGCUGAAUUCUCAGGCGUGGGUGUAGCACACGGAUGGGAAUGUGACUGCAGGCACUCAGCAGCUCCCAUGGCUUUUGACUUUCCAUCCUUCUCCAAGAGCUGGCCCACAGCAGCCUGUCCCAUAUCAGGGAUGCUGCUGGGCUUGAGUCCUGCUGAGCAGUUUGCUCCCCUCUGUCCUGGUUCAGGAACCCUAAGGUGAGGCCUCUUAGCCCUUGGAGAUCAUGACAAAGGCUAUUUCAUUAAAGCAUUCCUUCCAGCAGGAUUCUGAAAUGUUCUUCAAAAAACCCCAUCAGGCAGAUCAAACUGCCUUCUGACAUUUAAAAUACAUACAGAGCAGUCCCCUUUCACUGGGAUUUAAAUUAAAUAGGAGAAUGGCUUUGCUGAAUCACUGCUUCCUGGAAACACCAGGUUGUUAACAUGGUUGUGUGUAUUAAGAAGAACCAUUAACGAGGCAAGGCCUGGAUGUCAGCUCAGUCAGGCAGGCCAAAAUUCAUUCCCAGCAUAGUUCACAUGGAGAUCACAAGGCCAAGCUUUUUCAGCAGUGGCCCAGAUUCUUCUUCUAUUUAGCAUUUACAAAGACUUGGUGGAAUUAGAGCAACCAAGUGACAAUCUGAAUCAGAAUAAAUUUUGAUCAAGAAACCAAAUUAACACUGCAGAGGAAUUAAAACUUUUUAUCUGGAUUUAAACCCUUUCCUCCUUUUCCCCAUAAAUACAAAUUCAUACAUUGUAUUCUUUGAAUCGACAGCAACCAAAAUUAUAUCCAUUCAAAAGACAAGUUACUAAUCUGCUCCAGAGUCCUUUGCCUUUGUAUGGAGACAGCAACAUUUACCUGACUUUAAACUAUAACUAAAAUAGUAAAAAAAAAAAAAAAAAUUUAAAAAAAAAUCACUGUACUGAGUUAUAACAGGCUUCUUCCUGAAUUUCCUGCUUCAAGAGUAAACCCAUGUCAGAAGAGAUAAAAUUUAUAU